CUGUACUGUACUGUACUGUACACUCACUGCACUCAGAACACGACACAACACCACCACACACAACCAUCCACACUCUUUCCCUCCACGACUCAACAUAUCACACCCAUGCAAUGACCACAGCCCUCCCUGUCGUCCCAGCCAGAGUCCAUUGCGAAAAGCAGCAGGAAACAGUCGCCGUCACAGCACACAAUGUACAUACACACGGGCGCAAACACUCCUUCCGCGGCUUCAGCACACACUCACUCUCAAGCCUCACUCUCGCACAUACAAAGCCACACACCACAGCUGCUGUCAUUGGCCACACAGGCGCACUCCCAAAGCGCUCCUUGUUUUCCUUCGGGGGCGGGAGCGGCAAUAGCACACAGGGCGCAGCAGUAGCAGGUGUUCCAGCCGGCUCUGGCAUUGUACGGUGCGCAGACAAGGAGACAAAUGCAUCGAGACCACCCAGUCUCAUCACCGAUGAUUCAUCCCUCGCGAGUAUCAGCUCCCGAUCACCGUCACCGGAACCCACACAACAAGCACCCACGCCGGCCCAACAGUCCUCGCGCCUCGAAGCUGCAUUCAAGCGCUACGCACACUCAUUCAACGUUCAAAUCCUACAUACCCAGCUCCUCCCUGUCCUUGCACGAUCAGGUCCAGCGGCAACGAACCCAGUGCUCAUUCUACACGAGGCCGACGUCGCUUUCCUCUUCAAGUGGUGGCAUCAUUUGCUCCUCCUCUCGCCUCCACACCCGACCGUCUUUGUCUGUGUUUGGGCGCUGGCUUCACACCCAACACUCCUUAAAUCGGCAAUCUGGAAUGCGCAUUACGCUUUGACCCUCUCGACCUUGCUCGCUCAAGACGCGAAUGUUUUGCCGACAGGUCCGUUUGUGCGAUUGCUCGCAUUGGGCUACCUCCUGCAUCCACCCACACAAGCGAUCCUCCGUGCGCGAUUCACAGCGAAAGCAUCAACGCGUCGGACAUCUUCAUUGGUGGAGGUACAGGAGGAAGUAUGGUGUCAACGUGCACGUCAGGUGGAAGUCUUUAGUGAGCUUUUGCGACAGAUUUACCAGCAACGACCCAACUACGAAGAUGAAGACGGUGUCCUCUCCAGCAGACUUGAGCAAAUCAUGACGAAAUUGCUGGCAGUCCGCACAGCGACGCCCAAUACACGACUCCUCAACUGUGGACGCAUACUAGGUCAAGCAGAAGGUCGUCUGGCUGUGCUGGUGGAGUCGGGUUUACAGGCAGUAGCCUCUUGCACGCGCGCUUUUGAUCCAGCUGCCGUGUUUCAUUUAUUGGAUCUGCUUUCACUGCUGCGCAUCAAGCAAGUUGCCUUUUGGACAACGGUUCUGGAACGCAUUCUUGAUACGGAGAACCAUAUCCUUCAGAUCCGUGUGUUUGCGUAUCUCUACGAGCACUGGCCUCUAUAUGAGCAUCAUGCACCAGCAUGUGCACUUCUCCUGUCACCACCUCGUUGGCAGCACUACUUUGUGCAUUGGUCAGGGAUUGUUAGAGACCACUAUAUGCGACUCCUCUGCUAUCGUCUCUCAGCGUCACACCCACAACGCGUACGUAUGUUGCUGAAACGUACCUUUCUCACAAGUCUUGGUGAGCAUUGUCAAUUACGAGACUGUCUACCGGGUAACCCUAUUCCUAAUAAGAAAUUCGCCAUUCGACCUUGUGGCAGUAUGCAGCAACAACAGCAACAACAAACAUGGCUCGCCACGGGCGCAACACCGCUCGCCUUGUUUGCUCAACACGAUGCGAAUGCGACAACAGGUGGUCGGUUGGGAAGUAGUAGUAGUUUGCCUGGUGCCCUACCGCCUUCGCCACCGCCACCGCAACAACAUACAGGCCCGCCUGCUCAGGGCCUGGAGAUGUCGGCAGCGUCAUUUGUUAAGCGAAAGUUGGGAUUAUUCCGUGGGUUGUGGGAGGAUGCGACUCCUCCGUCGCCACCUGCUGCGAGAACGCCUUUGACUGCGAGUCGUGUGCAGUUGGAGGAGGAAGAAGUUGAAGAGGAGGAAGAAGAGGAAGCAAAGUCAGAUAUGGCUGUAUUGGGUGGUCUUGCUCGAACGACAAGUGCCCGCUCUGUUUCUUCUCAACGACCCAAUAGACCUUCUCCUACACGUCCACAACAGGUACAGCCACAGCGAUACAGGUUUGUCGCUGAGUUUGUUGGGAAACAGUGGUCGUUGACGGGUGAUGCGGAUGCGAUCCGUUUUCUGGAUGGUGUUAUGGAUCUUGCGCAAAUCGGACGCCUCCCAUCCUUUGUUGAACAGCCGGCUGCUUCUGAGGCUGAGGAGAGGAUGGAGGAAGUCACGGAGGAUGCGGCAUUUGCCUUGGGAGAAGGUCGGAAACGUCUUUGGACGCGCAGUUUGAGUGAGUGGAGCGUUCUCCUUGAUGAUCAAGAACGCUUUUGGCGAUCUCAGCAAAUGUUGCCGGGUCAUACAGCGACUUCGUCGAGUACUCCUGUUAAUGCUGAUGGUGCAUCGCCGGCUGUGUUGGUGGUGCCGAGGUUAGAGGUUGAAUUCCCUCGAUGGUUUUGUCAAAAGACAACAACCCUGCGCGGUGAUGGUAUCGAGCCACAACUCAAGCGUUGAUGUUCGAUUCAUGCUCGCUUCAUCUAUGCACGACUACCUGCACGACUUAUCAGGGAUUUCGUCUUUUUUUUGUCGCCACGUCUCUCACUCUUUCCUAUUGUGCACCAGCCGAUCUUUCUCUCUCCCUGUCUCUUCGCAACGGAUCAAUCAAUGACGCUUUGGCUGUCUCGCGGACUCUCUUUCAUCAAACACAACAUUCUUUAAUGCAGUCUUCUUUUUCACACACCUACACAAGUAACGAUGGCGCCUAGAAAUGACUAUUAUCCACACACACCUCUGUUGGGGCUUCGCCUCUUUUCUCUGGGCUUUUCUUGCUCUUUACCUAGACUUAUUACCUACUCACACCUGCAUGUAGAAUGCAAAAAGUCGAAGCCCU